GCAAUAUACAGCUGUCAUUUUCUGGCAUCGUGGGUGGGUACUCGUCCUUGCUUGUGUUUCUUCGCAUGCUUAUAAGGUUGUUGUGCUGGUGCUGAAGGUGCUUGACAAGACAUCAGCUAUAACGGUCACAUAGUCAACAAGAUUAGAGACGAUAUCUCAACUAGAUAACAGUUUGUAAUACAGAACAACCAGUGGCCUCUCGGGGGGGGGGGGCGGGGGGGUCAACAUUUAAAGAAAUAAUACUGUUUUUGGUAUGAAAGCAGUUUUCAAAUGUGUGUAUCAUUUCAAAUGUACUUUAAAAAAUUAUCAGGGCCAUUGUGUUUAAAUGAACGCAUUCCGACAGGAGCGUAACUGUGUUUUUGACGCCCUUGGCUAAAUUUAUUUUUGGCGCCCUUUUGUUUAAAUAAAAAUUUAAACAUUAGAGAUUUAGCGGCGCCAUUUUGAACUGACGCAGGCCGGCGCCCUUGGCAACUGCCCCAAUGCCAAGUCGUUGUUACAAAACUGCAUUCCGAGCUAAAGCGUUCAAUGUUUACAUAACAAAGACUUUACUCGAUGUUUGUCAUCUCUAUAUUACGAACUCCCUAAAUCCGCCAUGGCUGUACAAUUUUAGAUGAAAUGAUUACCCUAAUGUAUACUUUUAGCUCCAUUUGCGUCUUAAUAUGAAACCUUACUUUUUUAAACUUUAAAAAAGGAAGAAAAGCCAGCAGCUACCUUUCACGACUUUCAAGAAUCAAAAUAGAAUCUAUUUAAGUUUAAGCUUUAUUUUGACACGGUGGAUAAACUACGUCAUCUGUUAAUAGUUAAUAUUACCGUGACUGCACAAUCAUUGUUUGCUGCCUUAGUCGUGGGUUCGGUGUUGGGAAAUAGUUUAGUUUGAUCCCAUUCUUCAGACACACGUAUUAGUUCUUUAUUUUGAUAGAAUUGAUUGAUUUUUAAAAAAAUUGAGAACAUGACAAGCCAUAAUGACAAAUAUUUUGUUUCACCAACAGUCAAGCAGAAUGUGGUCGUUUUCGAUGGGUCUUUUCCUAGCGUCUGUCUCAACGGAGUCCAUGCAGCUCAGCGCCACCUAUGGUUUGAGCAGGGGCGCUGCAAUCCUCCUACUCGGUGCCAUAAUUGGGGACUGGGUUGACCAAACGCCGAGGCUGAAAGGUGAAACAUAUGUUGCUUCGUUUCGUGUCAUGUUUUGUCAAUGUCAUUGUUAUUGUUUAUUGUUUUCCUUAUUUUUAAAAGUUCAAGAUAAACUUUUGUUUUAAACAGACUGAACCACAUUUGCAAGUUUAAAAGAAUCAUUUCCACUCCAUAAAUAAGAUAUAAUUUAAUGAAAGUGCAUAAGUUGAGUUUUCUGAGCGCAAUUUUCUAAAAAAGAAAUAAAUAAAGCUUUUUAUUAUUCAAGAAAUAGUUGUCAGCUUGAAAACGAAACACUGUAUCCAGGGGACAUUCGUAAUAAUGUGUAUUGAAUGAUAAAGGCUUUAACGUGAAGGGUUGCCCCAUAUGGCUUAUAAAUUUAGAUAUUGAUCUCCUUUAAGAAUGUAUCUAUAAAUCAAUUCUUCACCCAGCGGCCACGCUGACCAUGAUUGGCCAAAAUGUGCUGGUGUUGUCCUGCUCGUGCGUCAUUCUCGCACUGACCAUCACCGUGUCGCAGAUGGAUCACGUGGACACAUGGCUCAGGUAUCUCCUCUACGCCAUCAUCAUCAGUCUGUCGGUCUCGUCGCGUCUCAUGAAGGAGGCGAGGAUUCUCGUGAUGGAAAGAGACUGGAUUGUGGAGAUGUGCGACAGGGACGAGCAUCACCUGGCAGGUACGGACUCAACAAAAUGGGCUCUCAAAAAAUAUGUCCUCUUUGUUUUUUUUUUUUAGAUAUGAAAUAAUUCAAUGGGUUGAAUGGCGCUUUCAUCCCUCCAUACCUUUUUGUGAUUUACUCUCUUUUAAUAUAACGUAUUUUUGUAAUCCAUGUGUAAUGUUUAACAACAUCUAUUUUUUUCCUAUUAAACCACUAAUUAUUAGCAUUUAUUUCAUGUCAUUCUAGAGCCAUGAUAAAUUAUGUCAACACUUGUUUUAUUUAGAGUCCCCAAUCCACAGUUUUUCUGCAAUAUCGAAAAAGUAUAACGCAGUCUACGCCCAUGCCCGGACAAAUGUUUUCUUUGAGCCGGACAAAUGCCUUCUUUGACCCGGACGAAUGCCUUCUUCGAUCCGGACAAAGCCUUAAUGACCAGGACAAAUACCUUCUUUGACCCGGACAAAAGCCUACUAUGACCAGGACAAAUACCUUCUAUGACCAGGACAAAUACCUUCUAUGACCAGGAAUAAUACCUUCUAUGACCAGGACAAAUACCUUCUAUGACCAGGACAAACACCUUCUAUGACCAGGACAAAUACCUUCUAUGACCAGGACAAAUACCUUCUAUGACCAGGACAAAUACAUGCUAUGACAGAUUACGCUCUCUUUCACUUUUUAAAUAGAGCUUAAAAUGAUGAAUAAGAUUAUGUUAUUUAUACAUGCACCAGCUGGAGCAACACAACCACGUUGUGCGUAUAAAUACGUUUAAGAAUAAUGCCAGAUGGGGCUCCAUAUAUCCACCAAAGCUUGGUUAUCUCGGCAUCCUUCCGUCUCGUGAGACGAUGGUGCAUCACCGUUGGGUUGGGUUGCAUUUUCUCGAGUGGCUGUGCAGUCCUAUCCUUGAGUGACAGUCUUUAACCUUAUAAAGAGUGGGUAGUGACGGGUAAUGAUGCUGUUUUCUUUGGGUAUUGACUGCUAGUAAUGUCCUUUAGUAGAUUACUUAGACUAGAUGUACUGACACCAUGCUAGUUAUAAAGCAAGCAUAUUUGAAAUCAGUGAAGGGCUCGCUCUUUAAAAGCGACUGGCAGUGGGGAACACAGCACGGUGGGUAUCGAAUGUGGGAAUUCGGUGCGCACGACGAGGGAAGCAGCGAAUGAGAGCGCAAAACGGUUCGCAAUGAGAGUAGGGCGAACAAUAUCAACUCGGGAAUUAUUACAGAUAUUUCUCCUUUAUAAAUACCGAUUUUCUAAUGCCCUGGAGUUUUGUACUUUUUAUCAGUCAUGACAUCAUCAUUUCGUCGUAUCGAUCUCCUCACAAAGAUGCUCGCCCCAGUCGCCAUCGGCCACAUCAUGACGUACGCGGGGACGAGUGUCGGUUGUGUCUUCGUGGGCGUCUGGAGUCUUCUGUCACUGGGAGCCGAAUACUUCCUGAUACGGAGGGCGUACGCCAUUGUACCGACGCUGCGAUCCAAGAAACACCCGAGGAAUGCGCCUGGUAACGGUUGUUUGGUUGCAUCCCCUUAAUGUAAAUAUCCUAUUGAAAUAAUAAUAUACACAGAUAUUGCUUUAAGUAUCAUUUGUAAAAAAAAUAUGGAACACAGAAAUCCUGAAAGAAAACUAAACAAAUUUGGGACGAACGGAUCUUAUGCUGUAUUCCUAGAGAACAAUGCAAAAGUACAAGCAUAUAACAAGUUCUUUGUAAGCUUUUAAACUUAAUAUUCUUUAUUUGCCAUGCUUUUGAUCGCUGAAGAAGGCUUUUUGCAGUCACUUAUUUUCUGUUUAGUCUUCUUUCACGUUUUCCUUACCAUUGGUAUUUUAUAUUUCCAUUUGCGCAACCUGAUCACGAUACCCUUAUUGUAUUUAUUAUUUGUUGCAGCAGUAGCGUUUGGUCUGUUACUUAAUAGUUACAACAUUUUAACAUUACAGAGGAUCUAAAACUGUAUCGCGAGGAAGCUUCCCCUUUUAACGAGAUUUCAAUUGAGCACUGCACUACCUAUGUAAGUAAAACUAAAUAUAGUUAAUAACAGGGCCAUCGCGGAACCUCGAAUAUUUAAGAUACCCAGCGUUGUGAUGUCGAAAAGAAAUAAAACUACCAAAUUUAAAAUAAAGGGUCACAUACACAAAUAAUGGUGGCCAGGGCACAUACACUAAAUGGUGGCCGGGGCACAGACACUAAAUGAUGGCCGGGGCACAGACACUAAAUGGUGGCCAGGGAACAGACACUAAAUGAUGGCCGGGGCACAGACACUAAAUGGUGGCCGGGGCACAGACAGUAAAUGGUGGCCGGGGAACAGACACUAAAUGGUGGCUGGGGCACAGACACUAAAUGGUGGCCAGGGCACUGACACUAAAUGGUGGCUGGGGCACAGAUACUAAAUGGUGGCCGGGCACAGACACUAAAUGGUGGCCGGGGCAUGGACACUAAAUGGUGGCCAAGGCACAGCCACUAAAUGGUGGCUGGGGCACAGACAAUAAAUGGCGGCCAGGGCACAGACUCUAAAUGAUGGCCAGGCCACAGACACUAAAUGGUGGCCGGGGCACAGACACUAAAUGGUGGCCAGGGAAAAGACACUAAAUGAUGGCCAGGGCACAGACACUAAAUGGUGGCCGGGGCAGAGACACUAAAUGAUGGCCAGGGCACAUACACUAAAUGAUGGCCAGGGCACAGAGAUUAAAUGAUGGCCGGGCACAGACACUAAAUGGUGGCCGGGGAACAGACACUAAAUCAUGGCCAGGGAACAGACACUAAAUGGUGGCGAAGGCACAGACACUAAAUGAUGGCCAGGGCACAGACACUAAAUGAUGGCCAAGACACAGACACUAAAUGAUGUCCGGGGCACGGACACUAAAUGAUGGCCUGGCACAGACACUAAAUGAUGUCCGGGGCACAGACACAAAAUGAUGGCCGGGCACAAACACUAAAUGUUGUCCGGGGCACAUAGACUAAACGAUGGCCGGGGCACAGACGCUAAAUGAUGGCCAGGGCACAGAGACUAAAUGAUGGCCGGGCACAGAGACUAAAUCAUGGAAAAUGAUGGCAUGGCACAGACACUAAAUGAUGUCCGGGGCACAGACACAAAAGGAGGGCCGGGCACAAACACUAAAUGUUGUCCGGGGCACAUAGACUAAACGAUGGCCGGGGCACAGACGCUAAAUGAUGGCCAGGGCACAGAGACUAAAUGAUGGCCGGGCACAGACACUAAAUCAUGGCCAGGGAAGAGACACUAAAUGGUGGCGAAGGCACAGACACUAAAUGAUGGCAAGGGCACAGACACUAAAUGAUGGCCAAGGCACAGAAACUAAAGGGUGGCCAAGGCACAGACACUAAAUGAUGGCUGGGGCACAGACACUAAGUGGUGGCCGGGGCACAGACACUAAAUGAUGGCCAAGGCACAGACACUAAAUGAUGGCCAGAGCACAGACAUUAAAUGAUGGCCAGGGCACAUACACUAAAUGAUGGCCGGGGCAGAUACACUAAAUGAUGGUCAGGGCACAGACACUAAAUGAUGGCCGGGGCACAGACACCAAAUGAUGACCGGGGCACAGACACUAAAUGAUGUCCGGGCACAGACACUAAAUGAUGACAGGGACACAGACAUUAAAUGGUUGGUGGGGCACAGACACUAAAUGAUGGCCGGGGCACAGACACUAAAUGGUGGCCGGGGCACAGACACUAAAUGGUGGCCGGGGAACAGACACUAAAUGAUGGCCAGGGAACAGACACUAAAUGGUGGCGAAGGCACAGACACUAAAUGAUGGCCAGGGCACAGACACUAAAUGAUGGCCAAGACACAGACACUAAAUGAUGUCCGGGGCACGGACACUAAAUGAUGGCCUGGCACAGACACUAAAUGAUGUCCGGGGCACAGACACAAAAUGAUGGCCGGGCACAAACACUAAAUGUUGUCCGGGGCACAUAGACUAAACGAUGGCCGGGGCACAGACGCUAAAUGAUGGCCAGGGCACAGAGACUAAAUGAUGGCCGGGCACAGACACUAAAUGGUGGCCGUGGCACAGACACUAAAUCAUGGCCAGGGCACAGACACUAAAUGGUGGCCAAGGCACAUACACUAAAUGAUGGCCAGGGCACAGAGACUAAAUGAUGGCCAGGGCACAGACACUAAAUGAUGUCCGGGGAACAGACACUAAAUGAUGGCCAAGACACAGACACUAAAUGAUGGCCGGGGCACAGACACAAAAUGGUGGCUGGGGCACAGACACUAAAUGAUGGCCUGGGCACAGACACUAAAUGAUGGCCGGGGCACAGACACUAAAUGGUGGCCAGGGCACAGACACUAAAUGAUGGCCAGGGCACAGACACUAAAUGGUGGCCAGGGCACAGACACUAAAUGAUGGCCAGGGCACAGACACUAAAUGGUGGCCAGGGCACAGACACUAAAUGGUGACCGGGGUACAGACACUCAUUGGCGGCCAAGGGACAGACACUAAAUGGUGGCCUGGGCAUAGACACUAAAUGGUGGCCAGGGCACAGACACUAAAUGGUGGCCAGGGCACAGACACUAAAUUGUGGCUGAGGGACGCGAACAUUUACGCCAAGAUUUUGGUUGAUAAAGGAACUGGGCAUGCUAUCAAGUCGUCAAUAUUUCUGAAAACCCUUCGAUUAUAGAUUACGAUUAAUUUUGUAAGUUUGAACUGUUAUUGUAAUCAUUAUAUUUUUAAAGCUAAACCGUAGUUGAGGUUGUUUACUGAAUAGGUCAAGGGCUGGAAAGUGUAUUUUUUUAAAUCUUCAAAAUACAUCAUUAUAAUGAAGUAAUAUUUGUUUAAAAUAAAAAUGUGUUUCAUAUUGCCAAGUAAGCUCAUGUUUAUAGCCUUUUUUUCUCCCUGAUAUGAGAUUAUUAUAUUUUUAAAAACAUAAAUUUUGCCUCCAUUUAAUUGUUAUCAAGUUCGCUAUUCUCAUGUAUAGGAAAGAGAAAUAAAUGGGACGGGGAGAAGGGGAUGGGGGAGAGGGGCGCUUUUGAAAAGAGCUUUUUAAUUUUGCUCAGAUGGUGCCACUAUUAUGCCAGGUGUUGCCGAGUCAGCAACACACAAAUGGCUAUGACCUAUGACCUAUAACCAUCGGCGCCCGCAGGUAGUGGCAAGGUGGGGCACUUGCCCUCCCCCCCCCUGGAUUGAUUGGAUUAAAAAAAUUUAGACAAAAAUAUACCAAAAAUUUAUUAAAGUAAGGAGAAAAUAAAGAGAAAGUAACUAAGCUGAUGUCCUAUCCGUUCGUUCACCAUACAAAUACGCUACAGUAAAUUAAAACUAUAUUAAAACAUUACUAUAAUUUUUUUGCCCCCCCUGGAAAGUUAAUCAAUUUUUUUGCCCCCCCCCCUAGAAAGUUUUCUGCGGGCACCCAUGCCUAUAACCUCAAGUAAUAAACAAUACCCGGUAGUAAGUUCUCACUCGACUCUGACAUCAAAGUUCUCCUUUUUAUGUUAACGUAACAAUUUUUUUGCCCCCCCCCCUAGAAAGUUUUCUGCGGGCACCCAUGCCUAUAACCUCAAGUAAUAAACAAUACCCAGUAGUAAGUUCUCACUCGACUCUGACAUCAAAGUUCUCCUUUUUAUGUUAACGUACAAGCUUCAGUAGAGGAACUAGGGUGACACCCUGCCAGUUGGGGGUGAGGGUGACAUAAAAUUUAAAAAAAAUGAAAAUUUUCGAGCUCGCUCGAGAGACGGUUUCAUUACUGAUCGGAGUACAAGAGCAGUUUGCCACCAGACAGCAGGUGACCAUCAGCAAAGGAUGUCCCCAGAGCAUCCAAACCCAGUGACUCCAACCUUAGUGACUCCAACCCUAGUGAAUCCAACUCUGGUGACUCCAACCCUAGUGACUCCAACCCUAGUGACUCCAACCCUAGUGAAUCCAACCCUAGUGACUCCAAGCCUAGUGACUCCAAACCUAGUGACUCCAAACCUAGUGACUCCAACCCUAGUGACUCCAAACCUAGUGACUCCAAACCUAGUAACUUCAACCCUAGUGACUCCAACCCUAGUGAAUCAUACUCUAGGGACUCCAACCCUAGUGACUCCAAACCUAGUGACUCCAACCCUAGUGACUCCAAACCUUAGUGACUCCAACCCUAUUGCACCCAACACUAGUGACUCCACUGAUAAGCUUCAUCAAGAUAAUAGUUUAAGGAGAGCUGGAUUUUUUUUUUCUUCCCUCCGGCAGAGACAACCGUCAAAGAGAAGGAAAGCCCGCUGCCAUUGGUGGAGGAUGUUUGGCACGUUCAUCGCGUUGUACCGAGGUCUCCGGAUAUACGUCAGCUAUGACGUCAUGCUCACUGGCUUGGCCUUGGCUUCUCUCUACCUCACCGUGCUUGGAUUUGAUGAAGUAACUAUAGGUUAGAGGUCAAGUUUUUGUUUGAAACUUCUAUACUCUCUAAACGCCGAUCAAACUGCGAACACGUGACGAACUAAAGCUAGUAUUUCAAAUUGUAGAAACACAUGUGUUAAAUAUAUGCAAACGAGGAUUUACUUUGAUAAAAUAUCCUGCUAUUUGGGCCUCUUGGGUGUUAAACGAUUUAAGAGAUAACUUGAAAUGUAAUUGAGGUUAUCAAACAUGUACCUUAGCGAUGGACGUUAUGUUAAAAAAAUAACACAGCCUAAAAAUACAGUUAAAAUGAUACAACUUUUCAGGAUACGCCACUGCCCACGGUUUGAAAGGAUCUGUUCUGGGCACUCUGAUGGGGACAGGGGCAGGAUUUGGUAUACUGGCUACAUUUACGUACCCAUUCAUCGUGCGGCGCCUUGGUUUGGCAAACACAGGGAUACUGGCUCUAGGCUUGCAGGUAGGCUACAUUUCGAAUAAAUCAAACGAUCGAUAAUCGUUGAUAAAAAAUGUGAACACUAAAAAGGAAUAUGAUGUAAAAACAAAUCAUUGCCACUUCCAAAAAAAAUUAAUAAAAACUGUGCGUUUAAUUAAUUAACAAAAAGUUAAAUUUGUAAAAAAAAAUUCUGACAAAUCUGUUAGAAUUUUAAACAAAUAUUAAUUACAUGAAAUAGACAACUACAAACUUGGGAAUAGGUCAAAUAAACGUUGCAUAAUUAUUAUAUGUUGCACAUUUGUGAAAAUUGUAGUUAUGACGGUUUACAUUGUCUAACCAGCCCUGCCAUAAUAAUUUCUAGAAAUUUUUAAACUACCUAACGGUCACCCUAACACUAACCCUAACCCUAACGGUCACCCUAACCUAACGGUCACCGUAACCCUAACCCUAACGGUCACCCUAACCCUAACCUAACGGUCACCCUAACCCUAACCUAACGGUCACCCUAACGCUAACCUAAGGUCACCCUAACCUUAAACUAACGGUCACCCUGACCUAACCCUAACUGAACCCUAACCCUACCUAACCCUAACUGAACCCUAACCCUAACCUAAAGGUCACCCUAACCCUAAUCCUAACCUAACGGUCACCGUAAACCUAAUCCUAACCCUAACCCUAACCUAACGGUCACCCUAACCCUAACCCUAACGGUCACCCUAACCCUAACCUAACGGUCACCCUAACCCUAACCUAACGGUCACCCUAACCUAACUCUAAAGGUCACCUUCAAAGGCACAAGCAAAUUUUGCAUUCAGCAAUAAAAAAAAGGCUAUACAAAUAUUACAUAUCUUCAUUCAUUUAAGCCAAGCCUGCACAACUCAAAAUGUAAGGCGGGCGGUAACACAUUAUGAAAAACGUGUGCGGGCCAAAAGAAAAUAGGACAGGACUUGUGCGGGCCAAAAGAAUACAGGUCAAGGGGAAAGAUAUUUAAAAAAUAAUUAGAAAUAAAGAGUUUUUCGUUACCUCGCGGGCCACAAAGUGGGUGCUGGCGGGCCACAUGCGGCCCGCGGGCCUUACGUUGUGCAGGCCUGAUUUGAACAUAUUAAUAUCAUGAACAUGUCUUUCAGGUUACUUGCUUGUCGUUAUGCGUGAUUUCAUUGUGGCUGCCCGGAAGUAAUUUUGUACCGGUGUCCAGUUCUGACGUCAACAACUCGUCACACUUUGUCAACCGUUCACUUUCUGACAGGGACGCACUAAUUUUACCUUCUAAUUCAAACAAUAUCAGUAUCUCAGGAUUUAUCAUGGCAAAGUCGCCCAGAUUUCUUCAACUUGCAGAAGGGAAUGUCAGUAAAUCAUUGUCAAACAGUCACGUGAUAACUGUAAAUAGCAGUGAUGAAAAGACACCUGACAUCUCUAUAUGGGUGAUGAUCGCUGGCGUUGUACUUGCUCGAUUUGGUGAGUUUCGUGGUGUGGAUUUCAAAUGCAUGUUAGUUCUUGGGAAAAAAUCCACCCUAUCCUUCAAAAACAUAUUUUUGCAAAUUAACACAAGUAAAUUUAAUGGCCUCAUUAAAUAUUACAUGAUAUAUCUACACUUCUGACAUUCUUGGUAUACAUUGUUUACUGCUCCGGGAUUAAACAGAAACUUGACCCUCUCCCCCAUAGGAAGCGACGAGGCCAUGACAGGCAGUUCCGGCUCAUACCAGCAAGAAGCCAGUAUAGGAGCUGCUCAUUCCUGCCAAAGACAAUCAGGGACUGGAACAAGCUUUCAAAAAAAAAAAAAAAACAGUUGAGGCGACAACACUAGUAACAUCUGCGUCUAUAGCUUCUAGCCUUCAAACCCCCAGUUUAUGAUACCCUCACAAAGUAGCCCUUGCAACCAGUGAAAUAUCCUCUUCAACACCAGACACUGAAACAUUGCAAAUCCCCUCUACAUGCAUAGGAGCCAGAAUGAUCGUGGGGCCUCAUAACAUAGAAGAAGAAUAUAUGUAUGAACUAAGACUCCACUAGACAACUAUAUUUAAAAAAAAAAAAUAAUGAUCUAUUAAAUGAAAAGAUUAUUUCUUAGUUUCAGUCAGGGAUCGGAAUUUGGAUUGUGUGUUUUUUUUUUUUUUUAAAUCCUUUUGGAUUUAUUUAGCAUAUCAAUAUAUUAACAACAAUAUUAAAAAAAAAAAAAUAAUGAUCUAUUAAAUGAAAAGAUUAUUUCUUAGUUUCAGUCAGGGAUCGGAAUUUGGAUUGUGUGUUUUUUUUUUUUUUGAAAUCCUCUUGGAUUUAUUUAGCAUAUCAAUAUAUUUACACAUGCCAUACUGUUGAUUAUUUUUGAAACUAACAAUUUCUUAAAAAAUGAUUUUCUCCCAUUUUUGUAAUCAAGCAUACCACAAGUAAAUUUGAUGCGCAAUAAUUGUUUUUCUUUUAAGGAAAAUAUUUCCAUCUGAUGUAACAAAUAUGUGGGGUAAAAAGGGGGGGUGGGGCAUUAGAAUAUUAAUAGAGUUUUAUAAAGUGCUUUGCAUGAAUUAAUGUCUUGUCAAGUCAUUUUAAUAGAUGGAAAGUUCACGCAUUGCUUCCACCUCUAUUUGGAGGAUUAAAACUAUUCUUUUUAUAAUUUUAACAACCAUUGUGAGUGAGAAAAACUGAACUGUGAACAGUAAACUACUAAGCUAUUUUUUUUUACAUAACUCACGUAUAUAUUUUCACAAUAUUCAAUUACAGUGUCAUGAGGUUGGUACAAUUAUUCGUAAAGUAAUUCAUUUUUUAUGUGUUGCGUCAAUACCAUUAGGUCUCUGGACUGCGGACCUGACCAUCAUCCAGCUGUUUCUUGAAAGGGUCGACACCAAGGAACGUGGCAUCGUCAACGGGGUUCAAGGGUCACUCAACCAGCUGAUGGACUUUCUUAAAUACGGCCUCGUCCACUUCUUGCCCCACAUCCAUCAAUUUGGGAUUCUUGUGAUCAUUUCUUUUGGCUUCAUUUGCACAGGCUGGACACUGAUGUGUGUGUACGCAAUGAAG